GGACACGUUGAUAUGUCGAGAAACUUACGGAUCUAAGUCAGAUCCAAGAGACUAUUUGUGUAAAAAUGAUGGCACAAUAUCAGAGUCACGAUCCGGUAACAGAGGGCUGUCAUCUAUUCUGCACUUCUUACGGGUUGUAUUUCUACCCCAAGGGUAUCCAGACAGUGUGAGCAAGGACUACCUAGAAUACCAGAUAUGGGACACUGUACAGGCUUUCAGUAGCAGCAUCACAGGGACCCUGUCAACCCAUGCCAUGCUGAAGGGUGUAGGAGUAGGAGAUGAGUCUGCCUCCGCUGCUGCUGCUACCAUCACAUGGCUACUCAGGGAUGGCACAAGUAUGACUGGCAGAAUCGCAUUUGCUUGGUACCAAGGGUCAAGCCUGGAUAGUGAUGCAAAAAGAUGGAGAUUGUUUGCAGACAUCAUGAAUGAUGCGGCAAUGUGUAUAGAGCUUAUCUCCGUUUUCUUUCCGCAGUACUUUGUCAUCAUUGCAUGUGUGUCAUCACUUUUCAAAUCGAUGGUAGGGGUCGCCGGGGGCGCAACGAGAGCCGCUCUCACCAUGCAUCAGGCUCGGAGGAACAACAUGGCUGAUGUGUCUGCCAAGGAUGGUAGCCAGGAAACAUUGGUGAAUUUAGCAGCUCUUUGUGUAGGCCUCAUCAUAACUCCAAUAGCUUCAAAAAACAUUCUACUGACAUGGUCUCUUUUCUUUCUCUGCACCUGUCUCCAUCUCUACGCCAAUUACCGGGCGGUGACGUGCGUCGUCAUGGAAACGCUGAAUCAGAACAGGUUCCACAUCCUGGUCCAGGACUACCUCCACAGUUCUCAUUUCAGCAUGUCUGGACCUGAUGCCGUGAAUAGUAGAGAACCUGUUAUAUGGAGGCUCUCAAGACCUCUGAAGCUCAAUCUUGGUGUGCCAUUCCGUACAGUAGCCAAAAGCAUGAGGGACAUUGAGAUGUGUUUACAAAGCAAUGGACAGGAAAAGUUUUUGUUGAGUUUGGAUGUGAAAAAAGGUUGUAUUGAUAUUGUAAUACAUCAUGAUAGUACAUCAGAGGAUUUUAUCAAAGCAUGUCUACAGGCUGAAAUCAUCAUGUAUACUACAUUCCAUCUCCAUGACAACAGGGCGCAUGGUGACAAUUUGUCUAGAGAACUGACAGAUAUCUUAGAAAGAGGUGUGUACAUGAACAGAGACGAUGCCUGGCAAGCAGUCAAGGUGUCCGGCCAGAUAUGCAACAAACUCUUCCCAAGGUUCCUUCAUGACCUAGGUCAAGCUGGCUGGGUCAAAGGUCAUUCACAGCUGGGCGCCGAUGAAUGGAGAGCAACGUGGAGUAUCAGUGGGGUCGAUGCCAGGAAAGUGUUCUAAAGUACAGAUCGUAGGUCAACACAAGGCAAUGUCACAGGGUUCAUGAAUAUUCAUGAGAAUAUAGGCAGGCAUUGUUGAACUUUGUAAACAGUUUUGAUUUCUGGGUACGGGGGCGUGAAGUCAUGUGACCCCUAUCUCACGUUACUCCUUUUGGUAUCUCAUUCCAUAUGCAUUUCCUUGUAUAUUUUUCCUUUCUUAAUCUUUUUGUUAUCUUUGUUAUCCUUUAUUUCAUCCUUCUA